AUGGCGCCCGGUGCCUGGGGUGCACCGUUGCUGACCAGCUCCGGCUGCAGAUGCUGCAAGGCACACUGGAGCGAGCGAGCUACAGACCGCCAGCCGGACGCGAUCCACGAGUACAAGGUCCGGAUAGCAGGGGCGUCGACACGGAAGGGUUUCGACUCGUGGCGGGAAGUACACGAAACGGGCAGAUCCGAGGGACUGCUCGUGAUGAACGGCCGGAUGAGAGGGGACCCAGAAGGCCGCCUAACUUUCCCUAAGGGGGAGGCAGGCGGUAGUAUGAUCGAUUUAUUCAUAGCGACUCCGCGUGUGCUUCAGCAGUACGCCACCUUUCUGAGGGUAGGAAACCUGAUCGAGUUGGAUGGAUGGGAGCCCACCGACCACCGUCCUUUGACGCUUGUUCUUAAUGUUACAGUGGAUGACGAAAGCAGGUGUAGGGACGGUAAAGGCCGGAAAGCCCGGGUGGAGCUUGAUAUUGCACGAUACCAGGAUUACGCGGAAUAUUUUGAGGGGGGGUCCCCUACUAUGAAUGCCUUAAGCCAAGUGGCCGAGGACCUGCAGAGGGGAGUUUGCAACACCACACAAGCUGUCGAACGCAUUGGAGGUGCCCUGUACAAAGUCCUGGUGAGGGCCUUCGAUACCCACCGACCUACCGGCAUGACGGCAGGUGGGGAUACGGUUUGGUGGAACCGGGAAUGUCAACAAACACGGCAACGCAUGCUGGAGAGUAGAGCCCAACUGGGUCCAGGCCGGGCAAAACCCCCGAAACAGCUGCGAACCGAGGGCACCAUUGGACUCACGUACACGGCUUCACCAGGCACACUGGAGCGAGCGAGCUACAGACCGCCAGCCGGACGCGAUCCACGAGUACAAGGUCCGGAUAGCAGGGGCGUCGACACGGAAGGGUUUCGACUCGUGGCGGGAAGUACACGAAACGGGCAGUACGCCACCUUUCUGAGGGUAGGAAACCUGAUCGAGUUGGAUGGAUGGGAGCCCACCGACCACCGUCCUUUGACGCUUGUUCUUAAUGUUACAGUGGAUGACGAAAGCAGGUGUAGGGACGGUAAAGGCCGGAGAGCCCGGGUGGAGUUUGAUAUUGCACGAUACCAGGAUUACGCGGAAUAUUUUGAGGGGGGGUCCCCUACUAUGAAUGCCUUAAGCCAAGUGGCCGAGGACCUGCAGAGGGGAGUUUGCAACACCACACAAGCUGUCGAACGCAUUGGAGGUGCCUUCUACAAAGUCCUGGUGAGGGCCUUCGAUGCCCACCGACCUACCGGCAUGACGGCAGUGGAUGACGAAAGCAGGUGUAGGGACGGUAAAGGCCGGAGAGCCCGGGUGGAGUUUGAUAUUGCACGAUACCAGGAUUACGCGGAAUAUUUUGAGGGGGGGUCCCCUACUAUGAAUGCCUUAAGCCAAGUGGCCGAGGACCUGCAGAGGGGAGUUUGCAACACCACACAAGCUGUCGAACGCAUUGGAGGUGCCUUCUACAAAGUCCUGGUGAGGGCCUUCGAUGCCCACCGACCUACCGGCAUGACGGCAGGUGGGGAUACGGUUUGGUGGAACCGGGAAUGUCAACAAACACGGCAACGCAUGUUGGAGAGUAGGGCCCAGCUGGGUCCAGGCCGGAUCCGCAUGGACAUGGAAAUCGUGCACUUGGAGCGCCGCGCUACCGACCUCGCCAACCUGCUGGCCGCCAACACCACCCGCCAUACUCGCCGCUCGCCGCUGUUGGCGGCGCUGGAGGCCAAGGUCCAGGCAGCCCAGCAGGCGUACGAGGACAUUGCGUUGAGUGAGAAGCAAGUGGACAAGGCCUUCCGGCGGGAGUUCAGCAGCCGGCCUGACCUCUGGGAUGACGCGCAAAAGGUCUACCGUACCAGAUCGCAUCUGCUGCAUGGCUCUGCCUCGACGGGGAGUCUCGGAGCGACUGUCCCUGGCGCCGCCGCCACCACCGCCCCCUCCCCACCCCCCGGGUUCGUAACCACGGCUCGUCUGCCCAGGAAGACAGCUCUAGAGCUACUCGGCAAGAGUCCGGAGGGCCAAGCCCUGGCGGCGGCAUUGGAGGCUCCCGGCCCGGGGGAAGUGUCCCAGUCGCAAUCGACCACCUCAGUGCCGGUCCUAAGUCGCCAAGGCACCAUGAACCGCGGCGCCCUCUCCGGUCGACUGACCGCGCUUGACUCCCUAGGGGCCAGUGCCGCCGGCGCCGGCUCCCCUCACUCGGAGGUGCUGCUCACCACCCCCCGCCGGCCGCUGAGGGACAUGUCCCACGUAGCUAGGCCGCUGCCAAGACCGGGAUCAGCGCUACAGGCCUUUCUGCAGAAGCAUCUGGAACCGCAGGGGCUGAAGGGCGGUGCGGCGGCGGCUGUGGCGGCGGCGGCGGUGGGAAUGGUCCCAUUAGAUAGAUCAAGUCACUGGACGGUGGUCAGGGAACCAACCAUCUGGCGCGAGCAGCUCACCCACUCGCAUCCAAAAGGCACGACGGAGAACACCGGCCGAACCAACAAAAAGAUCGAUAAUGCUCCACCUGCUUCACCCUUGGGGAAGCCCAUGAACUCCCGCAGUGCCGUCAGCUGGUCUAAAUCUGGAACAUCACUAACGUACCCUGGCAGUGAAUCAGUAAGCAGACACCCCUGCACUUGUGUGGAACUUCUGUUCGUCGUAACCUCUGUUCGUCGCCAUGCCAGCCGUGCGCUGCACAUGGCACGGCGGGGUUCACCCAGCAGUGGAAACAACCAUGCUAGCACCGCAUCAACAAUUCAGGCCAUAGGAGAUCUCGCUUUGUCACUGCUCAUAAAAGGAGAUGAAAUGACCCAACGGAUACAGCAAAACCAGUAA